AUGUCAUUCAAGUCCCCUCUAGAGGCGUCUUCUAUUUACAAUUACCAUCCAGGCCAACCAUUUGCUUCUUUUAAUAAUACACCUAAUAAUACGAGUUCUGGUAGUUCAAACAUUAGGAGGGAUCGAAGAACAGGGAGUUUGGAUUCGUUUGAGCUAGACUUUGAUGAUAGUCUGGAUGCAGCGUUAGAUUCAUUGCAGAUUAAACGUACUAUAUCACGCGACCGCAAUAAUAUCACCCAAGGGGGCGAGUACUUUGAAUUAGAAAGUUUGGAUAAUAUGGCUGAUCGAAAUACCCUGCGUUCCGGGGGACCGCUAGACAAAGACACACAGCCUCUAAUAAGUCAAGAUUCUAGCGAAGGUUCUCAUACUAGGCGUAGAAGGUCAAUUCCUCAUUCGCCGACGUCAUCUUGGUGGCAUAAACUGAAGUCGUUAACUUAUAGAGGAUCGUCUUCAGUGUCCCCUCUGCUGGGGGCCACUGCUACUUAUAGUUCGACACACCCAAUAGAACUUACGGAUAAGAAUAUUGAGCGAGAGAUUCAUCCCAACACGACUCCGAUAUACGAUAGAUACAAAUAUCCUUCCAAUGCUAUUUCCAAUGCGAAGUACAAUGUUAUAACAUUUAUUCCGAUCAUUCUAUAUGAACAGUUCAAGUUCUUUUUCAACUUGUACUUCCUGCUUGUGUCGCUAUCACAAGCGAUACCAGCACUCCGGAUAGGUUAUUUAUCCUCCUAUAUUGUUCCGUUAGCAUUUGUGUUGACUGUUACCAUGUCAAAGGAAGCCUUAGAUGAUAUAAGUCGUAGAAGGCGUGAUAGAGAGACAAAUAAUGAGUUGUUUGAGGUUUUAAGUAGACCGCACAUGGUACCAAGCAGUGAGUUGAAGGUUGGAGACUUGGUGAAAUUGCAUAAAGAUUCGCGUAUACCUGCGGAUAUGAUAUUGCUACAGAGUAGCGACCCUAGUGGUGAAUCGUUUAUAAAAACAGAUCAAUUGGAUGGAGAAACGGAUUGGAAAUUAAGAAUAGCCCCAUCUUUAACUCAAACCCUUUCUCAAGAUGAACUCCUUAGCAAAAUUAAAAUCACUGCCUCCGCUCCGGAGAAGUCUAUUCACAAAUUUGUAGGAAAAGUGGCCUACAAAGGUUCUUCCAAUCCAUUAACAGUCGACAACACAAUGUGGGCAAACACAGUUUUGGCCUCAUCCGGUGUUUUUAUUGCAUGUGUUGUUUAUACCGGUGCGGAUACAAGGCAAGCAAUGAAUACGUCCCAAGCAACCGUUAAAACGGGGUUGUUGGAAUUGGAGAUAAACAGUCUAUCGAAGAUAUUGUGUUUAUGUGUUAUCAUACUUUCAGUAGCACUUGUGGCCUUCUCAGGGCUUGAUAACAAGGAUUGGUACGUUGAUAUUAUGAGAUACCUUAUCUUAUUCUCUACAAUUAUCCCAGUUUCAUUGCGUGUGAACUUGGAUUUAGGGAAGUCUGUGUAUGCUCGACAAAUUGAAAAGGACCAGAGUAUUCCGAACACUAUUGUUAGAACGAGUACUAUUCCAGAAGACUUGGGAAGAAUUGAAUAUUUGUUGAGCGAUAAGACUGGUACAUUAACACAGAACGACAUGCAGCUGAAGAAGUUACAUCUUGGAACUGUUUCCUAUACUAUGGAGACUAUGGAUAUGGUUAGUGACUACAUAAGUACGAUGGUUAAAAAUCCAAACUCAACUUCUAUUACUGGUCAAUUAAUAUCAAGUGGAGCAAGAAAGGAAAUCUCUCAGAGAGUUCGUGAUUUAGUUACCGCGUUGGCUAUCUGCCAUAACGUUAUUCCAAGUUUUGAUGAUAAUAACCUAACCUACCAGGCUGCCUCUCCAGAUGAAAUUGCCAUUGUAAAGUUUACCGAAAGCGUUGGGCUCUCACUCUUUAAACGUGAUCGUAAUUUUUUGACUUUGUUUCACGAGCACUCAGGGGUGAAUCUCAACUACGAUAUUUUAAGGGUCUUUCCAUUUAGCUCAGAAACGAAACGAAUGGGGAUUCUUGUAUUUGAUAAGUCGAGGGAAGAAUACUGGUAUUUCCAAAAAGGAGCUGACACUGUGAUGUCAAAAAUUGUCCAAAGUAAUGAUUGGUUGGAGGAAGAAGUCAGUAAUAUGGCUCGUGAAGGUUUAAGGACUUUGGUAAUAGGUAGGAAAAAGUUGAAUCGGAAAGUUUACGAACAGUUCAGUAGAGAAUAUAAAGAUGCCUCCCUCUCUAUGAUUAACAGAGAUAACUCUAUGGCGGAGGUGGUAAAGAAGCAUUUAGAACAUGACUUAGAGUUACUGGGACUUACAGGCGUUGAGGACAAGCUUCAAAGAGAUGUAAAGUCCUCCAUCGAAUUAUUAAGAAAUGCAGGUGUUAAAAUUUGGAUGCUAACUGGUGACAAAGUAGAAACCGCCUUGUGUGUUUGUAUUAGCGCUAAGUUAAUUACAAGGAGCCAAUAUGUGCAUAAGAUUACAAAACUUUCUAAUCGGGAAGGUGCACUUAAUCACUUGGAAUACUUAAAAGUGAAUCGGAAUGCGUGUUUGUUAAUAGAUGGAGAUUCUUUGGCCCUAUUUUUAACGCAUUACAGAAAAGAGUUUUUUGAUGUCGUUGUGCACUUAUCUGUUGUGAUUGCAUGCCGCUGUACGCCUCAACAAAAAGCUGAUGUCGCCCUAUUAAUAAGAGAAUGCACCGGUAAGAGAGUGUGCUGUAUUGGUGAUGGUGGUAAUGAUGUCAGCAUGAUCCAAUGCGCCGACAUUGGUGUUGGUAUUGUUGGAAAAGAGGGUAAACAGGCGUCUUUGGCGGCAGAUUACUCUAUUACUCAAUUUUGUCAUUUAACCAAAUUACUAUUAUGGCAUGGGAGAAAUUCAUACAAAAGAUCUGCUAAGUUGGCGCAGUUUGUUAUACAUAGAGGGUUGUUAAUAUCAGUUUGUCAAGCGGUUUAUUCUAUCUCUUCAAAGUUUGAGCCAAUCGCUAUAUACCAAGGCUGGUUAAUGGUUGGAUAUGCUACUUGUUAUACUAUGGCUCCUGUGUUUUCUUUAACUUUGGACCGGGAUAUUGAUGAAUCAUUAACAAAAACAUAUCCUGAACUAUACAAAGAGCUAACUGAAGGUAAGUCAUUAUCCUAUAAUACUUUCUUCGUUUGGGUAGCAUUAUCAUUAUUCCAAGGUAUUAUAAUUCAGGGCCUCUCUCAGAUAUUUGUGGGAUUAAAACAGUCUGAAUUUCAUAAGCUGGUUGCAAUAAGUUUUACCGCAUUAAUAAUAAAUGAGUUGAUUAUGGUUGCCUUGGAAAUCUAUACUUGGAACAAGGUCAUGGCGAUAACAGAACUAGCCACUUUUGCAGUUUACAUUAUAUCCGUUCCAUUUUUAGCGGAUUACUUCGACCUAAGAUCCAUGAUACAGCCGACUUUUUAUAUGCAACUCGCCAUCAUUCUGACAAUAUCCAUUUUCCCUGUUUGGGCAGCGAAAACAAUUCAUAGAAGACUAAACCCACCAAGUUAUGCCAAAGUUCAACAAUUCUCAGCCGUGUAG